GCAGGCAUUGGACCAAGAAAGAAGGCUCAAGGCAAGAUAAAAGAGCAGCUAAAGGUAGUUUCAGGAACAGACCGGACCCUUAAAGAGAAAACCUCCUCUUCUGUCAGUUAUCCAGCAUGCGUGCUCUUGGGGUUUUGCUCCUGCUGUUGUGUGCAGCGGUGUGUGUGGUCCAGGUGAGAGCAGAGGUAAAGGCGGUGAAGCUGUGUGGACGAGAGUUCCUGAGAGCUGUUGUUUACACAUGCGGAGGUUCCCGUUGGAGGAGAUUCUUCAGUGACUCAGACAUGGACGGUUUGCCCACAGGGGAGCAGAGCAGUUUGGAGAGGCUGACCAAAACCAGCCCGGGCUCUGAGUUCACCAAAAGGGAUAUGAACAACGUUCUUACCAGCGUGUGCUGCCAGGUGGGCUGCAGGAAGAGCGACCUCACCUUCCUCUGCUGAGGCCAACCCGCCUCCCCUCUUUCUCUCCAAAGGACUCUGCUCUUUAACAUCUCACCUUAGAAAAAAAAACAAAAUCUGAAUCAAAGUACUGAUGUUUAAAACAACAUGAUCACUGUAUUGUAUGUACACUAAUGCUUAUAGUAACAUUUGUUUUCUCAAUACUUUAGAUAGGUGCUCUGAGAUAUUGCUCUAACUUUUAAGGUUUGUUAAUGUGGAGCACAUCUGUUAACAUGUCUCUGAACCUGAGCUGGAAGAUAUGUGCAACCAUAAAAACAUAUAUUCAUUACAAUAUAAAUGAUUCUAUGAGAAUGAGGAAACUAUGUAAAGGUUAAUGCACUCAGGGACUAUAUUACUUCCCCCUCAGAGAGGACAGAUAUUAAGUCUGGGUUGGUGUCCCGUAUGUCAACACAGGGUUCCAGGAUUAUAAAAUGUCCAUCUCUGCUUUAAAUGUAUUGUAAGUAAACUUGCACUGUAUUCUAUCAUUUUCGCUUGUUGGUCAAAUAAAUGUUAUUGCAUGCUUA